UCAGAGACUGUCGUGACCAUCAUUCUGCUUGGACAGACAGGAAGUGGGAAAAGUGCCACAGGAAACACCAUCCUGAAAAAGCAACCUUUUGUUUCUUAUGCCAGUUCUGUGCCAGUAACACAGGUGUGCCAGAUGGCAGAAGACACAGUUUGUGGAAUCAAGAUCAGAGUCAUAGACACCCCAGAUUUCUUUAAUGAAGACCUUAAAAACCAACAUGAGCAGAUAAAGCUGUGUAAAAGACUUACUCUGACAGGGCCUGUUGUGUAUUUACUGGUCAUGCAGAUUGGCCGAUUCACAGAUGGUGAGAGAGAGGUUCUUCCAAACUUGAAGCGAGAGUUUGGCGAGGAUGUGACUGUAAAUACUGUGAUUCUUUUCACUGGUAAAGAGAAACUGAAGGACAAGACUUUACAGGACUACAUCAGAGAAACCGAUCCAGAGCUUCGGGAGCUGAUCAAAACCUGUGAUUUUAGAUGCCAUGCAUUAAACAACAAUGAAAAAAGUAAUCAACAGGUGAAAAAAAUGAUGGAGCUCAUCAUGGAAAUGCAUAGAGAGAGAGGCAUUACCAUUCGAAAAUCUAGCCAUCAUAACAAGAUAAACGAGAACAAAGAGUGCAGAAUCUUGUAGAUAAUGACAAAGUGUGCAUUUGUGUUAAAUAUCUCAUAUCCGUAAUAUAGACCUAAAAAAAUUACAUUAUAAAAUAUAAUUGAACAAUGUACAUGAAAAGCUUGAGUUUCUUUGUUCUUAUGUUGCAAAUCAAUCACUGUGACCAAAAAGCUAAUUGGAAUUUGACCUGUAUUUACAGUUUGUUACUCUGGAUUUGUUUGGAUAAAUGGCAAGUAAUGUUGAUUAAUCUCGAAUAAACUUUUUAUUAUGAUUUAACUAUUUAAAUAAUUUGUCUUUUAUGUAUUUAACAAUGUUACAUAAUAUAAGGUCUUUAAACUUUCACAAAUGAGGAGUACAACU